CACGCCGCCUGCCUGCACUCACACUCCGCUCGAGAACAAUGAGCGACCUGGAGACCUCGAUGGCCGCCAUCAUCGCCGUCUUUCAGAAGUACUCGGAGCGAGAGGGGGACAAGCACAAGCUGAAGAAGAGCGAGCUGAAGGAGCUGCUUCAGGACGAGCUCCCCGGUCUGAUGGCGCAUGUGAAAGACCAGGCCUCCCUGGACAGCCUGAUGGAGAGCCUGGACGCCGACGGAGACUCCGAGUGCGACUUCCAGGAGUUCAUGACGUUCGUCUCCGUGGUUACCGUCUGUUGCCACGAAUUCUUCGAGCACGAGGACGAGUAAGGAGUCGACGGCAGCGGCGGCGGCGGCGGCGGCU